AUGCCCAUCAGCAAGUGCCCUCAGAAACUGCAGCCACUCUGGAAGGAGUGGGACCGGAAGGCCCAGAAGAACGGGCUAAGGCACCAGAUAUACUCUGUCAACGGCAACCACUACAUGGGUGAGUGGAAGGACAACAAGAAACAUGGAAAAGGAACCCAGAUCUGGAAGAAGAAAGGUGUCAUCUAUGAGGGGGACUGGAAAUUUGGCAAGCGAGAUGGCUAUGGCACCCUCAGCCUUCCUGACCAAGAGACAGGAAAGUACAAGAGAGUUUACUCGGGUUGGUGGACCGGCGAUAAGAAAUCGGGUUAUGGGAUCCAGUUUUUCGGACCUAAGGAGUAUUACGAGGGUGAGUGGUGUCACAACCAGCGCAGCGGGUGGGGCCGCAUGUACUACGACAACGGAGACAUCUACGAGGGCCAGUGGUUGAACGACAAACACCACGGGGAGGGCAUGUUGCGCCUGAGAGACGGGAACCGCUAUGAGGGCUUCUGGCAGAGAGGCAUGAAGAAUGGUCCAGGGCGCUUCUUCCACUUGGACCACGGUCAGCUGUUUGAAGGCUUCUGGGUGGACAAUGUGGCCAAAUGUGGCACCCUGAUUGACUUUGGCCGUGAUGAGGCCCCUGAACCCACCCAGUUCCCCAUUCCUAAGGUCAAAAUUCUGGACCCUGACAUCGUGCUGGAGGAAGCCUUGAGGAAGUUCAAGACAGAGGAGGAAGACUGA